AUGAAGAUACUGGUGGUGUUUUUAGUCUUCUGGAUAAAUUUUGCACAAAGUGCUCAACGAUCUGCUCGAAAAUUUUAUCCUUUGAAAUGGGACAAUUGUCCAAUGAAAAAUCUACCAGCUAAAGCUUACAUGAACGCACCCGAAUCGUUCAACAAGGAAAUGAACGUAUCUGGUACUUUGGAUGUUUCUGAGGAAAUAGCAGGUGAUAUUGUUUUCAUAUUAGAGACGAACAAAUGCACACUGAAUAUGAAAACAUGCGAGAAGUUUACAACCCUCAAUAUUCGGGAUUUUUGUGACCGUUUCACUGACAAAAAUCAAUUCUUCUAUGAAGCUCUUGCAUCUGUUCAGCCUGAAUUCAAAUGUCCAAUUAAAGCGGGAAAUUACACUAUGUUUCCAACAAUUGUUGAUCUAUCAGUAACUAACAUGUUUCCUCUGGAUGGUUAUGUAUGGGUGGCAAGCUUCAAGUUCAUUUCAAUAACCAACAAAGGAAAAACUAAGAAAAUUGUAUUCUGCAUGAACAUAGAAAUUAAGGUUGUUCGAGAAAAAAUCUGA